AUGGAAGAAAUCGUGGUUCUCUCAUACGAUCCAACAUGGCAAAGAAGAUUAAAGCUCUUCAAACGACAAAUGGCAAAUGAUAUCAAUCAACCGUUCUAUCGUGAUGUUAUUAACAAUAAUCUCUUGAGUGAAAGUUUAAAACCAUUAACAUCUCAACAACAGCAAAAUCUUCAAAAACAUCAUCAUCAUCAAGAUCUUAUUGAUCUUCUUUCAUGGAAUGAAACAAACAGUCAUGCAUUGCGAGCAACUGAUUCAUCCUUUAGUGUCACGUCGCAUUCCGUGCUUAACGAAGAUUUUGAUCGUUUAAAAUACUUAAUACGAUUAGUUCUUUGGCCUAUUGAUCAUAAUAUUCGACAGAAUCUAUGGAUGAAUAUUUCUACAUUAAAUCGUGCUAAUUCCGCGAAACAACAUCGUCACAGAUCUCAAACAGGUUUAACAACGUCAACAAUGGUUGUGGAGAAUCAACUCAAUCCAUUGGCACCUGUUCAAAAUCAAUGGCCGAAAUUUGUCGAUACGAACAAUUUAUGUUUUUAUCAUUUAAAUCAAACCAAUGGUCAUCCGUUACUACAUCGGAUUAUUUCAACAUUUGCUCUCCAACAUCCUGAUGUUACGUAUUGUCCAACAUUGCAACCUUUGUCUGCGAUACUCUUGCAUUAUCACAAUGAAUAUGAAGUUUUAUAUUUAAUUAAUCGCUUAUUAAUCAAAAGUUGGCUUUGUGGUGAAACACGUCUUCAAUGGGAUGCACAUUGUAAUGUUUUUAAAAAGUUACUUAGACUUCAUUAUAAACCUACAGUUGAUAUAAUCGAUUCACGUUAUUCGAAAGAUUUCUAUCAAGACUGGUUCUGGUUGAUAUUCCGUUAUUUACCGUUUUCUUACAUUGUGAAAAUCAUGGAUUGUUUUCUUUUUGAAGGUCCUAAACUUUUAUUUCGCAUCAGUUUAACACUCGUUCAUUUGUAUACAAAAAGAAUCAAACAUCAAACGCAAGGAAAUGAUCUAACAAUGGCUGAUUUCUGUCGGCAAAUUUCCGUUCCAAUUGAUAAACUUUUACACAUUGCAUUUCGUAUUCGAAAUUUCAAACGACGUACUAUAGAACAAUUGAUGGAACACGAAGAGAAACUUUUACGAAACACUCGACAACAAAUGUUACAUGAUGAUGUAAAACCCAAUCAUAUCACGGAAAAUCUUACUAAUCAGCGAAUUCCACAACAUUUAAUCAAUGUACCAACAAAUUCUAUGCUCAACCAACAGCAAUUCGUUACCUUGUGGAAUUGGUUACCAGUGCGGUUAAGUUUAGCACAGCCAAUGUUGGUGUUUACAACGAACGAACAUGGAUUUCGUUUGCAAACAUUAUUGAAUAAAGUCGACGAACUUGAUCAUUCGAUAUUGAUUAUCAAAGCAACAAAUGGCGAAAUUUUUGGUGCAUUUUGUGCUGGUCUAUGGUCUGAUCGUCAUAAUCGAGCAUAUUUUGGUUUUGGUGAAUCAUUUUUAUUUACACUUGUACCUCAUGAAACUCGAUAUGCUUGGGUUGGACAAAAUCUCGAUGAUACUAACCGUUUGAAUCAAGCUAAACGUGAAAUGUUUUUAUUUGUUGAUAAUGAAAAAUUAAUCAUUGGCGGAGGAAAUGGUGAUGGUUUAUCGAUUGAUCAAUCCUUGUGUGAAGGUUCCACAACACAUUGUGACACAUUUGAUAAUCAACCACUUUGCUCUCAAUCGUAUUUUUCUAUUUCGAUUUUAGAAAUGAUUGCAUUUGAUUUUUCUUCGUCAUAA